AUGAAGAGAAGCCAGGCUCCCCGGAUAGUUGUACCAGAAAACGUCGCCGUCGGAGAAGUCAUAUUCAACCUUCCGCGCUCGUGGUCAGGAACGGAGGCCGAAGAAAAAGCGGAACUUCCGUGUGUCAAUUGCAAAAUCGCGGGCGAUCCGGACGGACACUUUAACGUGACGAAAAACUGCUCCAUCGUGGUCGCCAAACCGCUGGACUGGUCAGUACAACUGUGGUAUAAACUCAUAAUCUACGAUGGAGUACACAACAUCAGAGUCGAGGUAGAGUUGACCGACGUUGAGGGCUACCCGCCUCAGGAGUAUAACGAAAUGUGUGAAACUCCGGUCAACACCGGGCCAGACGAAUUCCUAUUUCGAGUGAAGUGGAGUUAUGAGGCAGUAGUGCCUGUGGACACAGAGUUACAGCCAGUAGGAUGCCCCGAUGGGAAGUACGGCUUACUCUGCGAUCGCAACUGCACCUGUCAGAACGGCGCCCGCUGCCACGGGUUUAACGGGGCCUGCAAGUGUCCGCCCGGCUGGGAGGGCGCAGCCUGUGACGUUCCCAAACGGGACAUUUCGAUUACCACGACUCCUAGCGAUCCUACAAAGAUCUACACCUCCGCCAACGUCACAUUCCACUGCAAGGCGUACAACCUUGAUGUUGAGUCUGUAUCUCUGACUUUUCCAAAUGAAUCCGGGAUAUCGGCAAAGAGAGAGAAAAACUUGGCAGUGACGAUCUCAAACAUACAAGCGCAAGACAACGGCACUUACACCUGUCUGCUGAAUGAUACUGAUGGAAACAUUUGGAACAAAACACUUGUUUUCAAAAUCGUAAAUUGUCCACCAAACCGUAAAGGUGCCCUGUGUGAUGAGAGUUGUGAUUGCCAACAAGGUGGCAGCUGUGACCGAUGGGCCGGUUGUAUCUGUCCGCCGGGAUGGAACCCGGGAACCAGGUGUCAGACAAAAUGUCCGCCUGGCACCUUCGGUAAAGACUGUGGGAAGAGCUGUAACUGUUUAAACGGUGCGGGCUGUAACCCUAGCGAUGGCAAGUGUAGUUGCACUGCUGGGUGGUAUGGAAAGAAUUGCAGCAAACCGUGUCAAAAGGGUCGGUUCGGCUGGAGUUGUGGAAGCGUUUGUACCUGUAACGUUAUGAACAAUACUACGCGUACGUGUAACAACGAGGACGGUAGUUGUACCUGCGUGCCACCAUGGACGGGACGGAACUGUGACAAAUAUGAAGUUCAACACAAUGAACCGCUACUCGAAAGUCUAGCACCAGUAGGCUCCGUCAUCUUACUCGUUGCCAUAGUGCUGGCGGUUCUCUACAAAACGCGGCUUCUGGCUUGCUCCGCGCCCGACGCGAGUGAGGAGGACAAGAUACUUUUCGAGCUGAAGAGAAUGGAGCAGGAUCUAGCACAGAGUCUACAGCCGGGCUGGCUAAGACGCUGGGAGAAGAAGGUCCGCCAUCUCACUCCUGGUCCCCUGAUAGGGGAAGGGGCGUUUGGACAAGUCAGAAAGGCAGGACUGCGCACGCCUGAAGGAGACCUCGUCGUUGCCGCCAAGACAGUUCGCGUGGAGGACUCGCAGUCCUACCGAGACUUUUACAGAGAAGCGGCUAUAUUAGUAGCUGUUCACGAACAAAAUGGCAAUCCUCGCGAGUCCAAUAUUGUACAACUUUUGGGACUCAUCACCAAGUCUAAAGAGAAGUACAUCCUCCUAGAGUAUGCUCCAAAAGGCGAUCUGCUUGGCUUUCUACGAAGGGUAAAGAACAGAAACGGGGAAGACCUACUCGGCGAGCUUCUUGGAUUCGCUGUCCACAUAUCACGAGCCCUCCAAGAGCUGGAACGCCUGAAAAUCGUCCAUCGUGACGUGGCCGCUCGUAACGUCCUCAUCACUGCCGAUGACGUGGCCAAGUUGGCCGACUUCGGACUGGCCAGAGACGUCUACGCCACCACUCAGUACGUCAAGACGAACAACCUUGGCGUUGACGAGUUCCUGCCGCUGAAGUGGAUGGCGCUGGAGUCCAUCGAGACCGGCGAGUACACCUGUCAGAGUGACGUCUGGUCCUUCGGCGUGCUGCUGUGGGAGAUCGCCACGCUGGGGAACGAUCCGUGCUUUGACGACAAGAUUCACCUGAGCUUUCUCCAGAUGGUCGGGAUCCUGAGGCGGGGGAUACGGAUGAAGAGGCCGCCGGGAUGUCCGGAGGACCUGUACCGACUGAUGAGGGCGUGUUGGCGCGACGUUCCUGCUACAAGACCGACUCCAGAAGGGAUAGAAGAGAGGCUGUUACAACUGAUACGCAAUCUGUAUCCAGAUAAUCAAUUUGAAAUGGAAACUGUAAAGUCAUUACAGUCAACAUGUUUUCUGCAGUUUCUCUGCUGUGUCGCCUCUACAACGUUUCGAAAAUCUAUACCAGAAAACGUCGCUGUCGGUGAAGUCAUAUUCAACCUUCCGCCCUCGUCGUCGGGAACGGAGGCCGAAGAAAAAGCGGAACUUCCUUGUAGCAAAAUCGCGGGCGAUCCGGACGGACACUUUAACGUGACGAAAAACUGUUCUAUCGUGGUCGCCAAACCGCUGGACUGGUCAGUACAACUGUGGUAUAAACUCAUAAUCUACGAUGGAGUACACAACAUCAGAGUCGAGGUAGAGUUGACCGACGUUGAGGGCUACCCGCCUCAGGAGUAUAACGAAAUGUGUGAAACUCCGGUCAACACCGGGCCAGACGAAUUCCUAUUUCGAGUGAAGUGGAGUUAUGAGGCAGUAGUGGACACAGGUGAGGUUAUUUUUUCUAGUGUGACUGGUAGCAAAAAAAACAGUGGUAGAUGGGUACAUUCAACUCAGCCUUCGUGGAUAUGUCAAGCAGGCAAAAGUGACUGUAGUCUUCGUAUCGUUCCGUAUAUUACCGAACCAAAUACGGAUCAGUUAAAAUCCUUCCAAGGUUUAUGGCAAAAUAAUAUCCGCAAGUUGACAUGUACCGGACAGCAAAAUCAACCCGAUUUAUCAAUCGAAUUGUUCAAUAUUAAAGAUGAAGACAGGCCAUCAAGACUUGAUGAAUUACGAAAGGUUGUCCCCAAAAAGUUCAUGGACAACGAAAUAUACAACGUCUUCGUAUUGAUAAAAGUUGACUCAUUGUUUGCAAAAGAAGUACAAUCGUAUACCUGCAAUUUCCCUCCAUUUGAACCUUCGGUCACUGUACGCGGAGUUGGACGCGAUCUUUCCUUUAAAUCUAUAGAAUAUUUGGACAUAGAGUUACAGCCAGUAGGAUGCCCCGAUGGAAAGUACGGCUUACUCUGCGAUCGCAACUGCACCUGUCAGAACGGCGCCCGCUGCCACGGGUUUAACGGUGCCUGCAAGUGUCCGCCCGGCUGGGAAGGCGCAGCCUGUGACGUUCCCAAACGGGACAUUUCGUUCACCACGACUCCUAGCGACCCUACAAAGAUCUACACCUCCGCCAACGUCACAUUCCACUGCAAGGCGCACAACCUUGAUGUUGAAUCUGUAUCUCUGACUUUUCCAAAUGGAUCCGGGAGAUCGGCAAAGAGAGAGAAAAACUUGGCAGUGACGAUCUCAAACAUACAGGCGAAAGACAACGGCACUUAUACCUGCUUGGUGAAUGAUACAGAUGGAAACAUCUGGAACAAAACACUUGUUUUCAAAAUCGUAAAUUGUCCACCAAACCGUAAAGGCGCCCUGUGUGAUGAGAGUUGUGAUUGCCAACAAGGUGGCAGCUGUGACCGGUGGGCCGGUUGUAUCUGUCCGCCGGGAUGGAACCCGGGAACCAGGUGUCAGACAAAAUGUCCGUCUGGCACCUUCGGUAAAGGCUGUGGGAAGAGCUGUAACUGUUUAAACGGUGCGGGCUGUAACCCUGGCGACGGCAAGUGUAGUUGCACUGCUGGGUGGUAUGGAAAGAAUUGCAGCAAACCGUGUCAAAAGGGUCGGUUCGGUUGGAGUUGUGGCGGCGUUUGUACCUGUAACGUUAUGAACAAUGCUACGCGUACGUGUAACAACGAGGACGGUAGUUGUACCUGCGUGCCACCAUGGACGGGACGAAACUGUGACGAAUAUGAAGUUCAACACAAUGAACCGCUACUCGAAAGUCUGGUACCAGUAGGCUCGGUACUCUUACUCGUUGCCAUAGUGGUGGCGAUUCUCUAUAAAACGCGUAUUCUGGCUUGCUCCGCGCCCGACCCGAGUGAGGAAGACAAGAUACUUUUUGAACUGAAGAGAAUGGAGCAGGAUCUAGCACAGAGUCUACAACCGGGCUGGCUGAGACGCUGGGAGAAGAAGGUCCGCCAUCUCACUCCUGGUCCCCUGAUAGGGGAAGGGGCGUUUGGACAAGUCAGAAAGGCAGGACUGCGCACGCCUGAAGGAGACCUCGUCGUUGCCGCCAAGACAGUUCGCGUGGAGGACUCGCAGUCCUACCGAGACUUUUACAGAGAAGCAGCUAUAUUAGUAGCUGUUCACGAACAAAAUGGCAAUCCUCGCGAGUCCAAUAUUGUUAAACUUUUGGGACUCAUCACCAAGUCUAAAGAGAAGUACAUCCUCCUAGAGUAUGCUCCAAAAGGCGAUCUGCUUGGCUUCCUACGAAGGUUAAAGAACAGAAACGGGGAAGACCUACUCGGCGAGCUUCUUGGAUUCGCUGUUCACAUAUCACGAGCCCUUCAAGAGCUGGAUCGCCUGAAAAUCGUCCAUCGUGACGUGGCCGCUCGUAACGUCCUCAUCACUGCCGAUGACGUGGCCAAGUUGGCCGACUUCGGACUGGCCAGAGACGUCUACGCCACCACUCAGUACGUCAAGACGAACAACCUUGGCGUUGACGAGUUCCUGCCGCUGAAGUGGAUGGCGCUGGAGUCCAUCGAGACCGGCGAGUACACCUGUCAGAGUGACGUCUGGUCCUUCGGCGUGCUGCUGUGGGAGAUCGCCACGCUGGGGAACGAUCCGUGCUUUGACGACAAGAUUCACCUGACCUUUCUCCAGAUGGUCGGGAUCCUGAGGCGGGGGAUACGGAUGAAGAGGCCGCCGGGAUGUCCGGAGGACCUGUACCGACUGAUGAGGGCGUGUUGGCGCGACGUUCCAGCUACAAGACCGACUCCAGAAGGGAUAGAAGAGAGGCUGUUACAACUGAUACGCAAUCUGUAUCCAGAUAAUCAAUUUGAAAUGGAAACUGUGCUCUAA